AUGCCUGGGGCCGUCGACAACGCGCAGGCCCCGCCGGGCCGCCUGCUGCUCCUCUCCAACCGCCUGCCCAUCACCAUCAAGCGCGACGACGAUGGCAGCUACACCUUUUCCAUGUCCUCGGGCGGCCUCGUCACCGGCCUCAGCGGCCUGAGCAAGACGACGAGCUUCCAGUGGUACGGCUGGCCCGGCCUCGAGGUCCCCGAGAACGAGGUCGACCACAUGAAGAAGCGCCUCAAGGACGAGUACGGCGCCCACCCCGUCUUCAUCGACGACGAGCUCGCCGACCGCCACUACAACGGCUUCUCGAACUCCAUCCUGUGGCCCCUCUUCCACUACCACCCCGGCGAAAUCACAUUCGACGAGUCGGCCUGGAUCGCCUACCAAGAGGUCAACCGCCUCUUCGCCAAGACCGUCAUCAAGGACGUCCAGGACGGCGACCUCAUCUGGGUCCACGACUACCACCUCAUGCUGCUCCCGCAGAUGCUGCGCGACGAGAUUGGCGACUCCAAGAAGAACGUCAAGAUUGGCUUCUUCCUCCACACGCCUUUCCCCAGCAGCGAAAUCUACCGAAUCCUGCCCGUCCGCAAGGAGCUGCUUGCCGGCCUGCUCGACUGCGACCUGAUUGGCUUCCAUACCUUUGAUUAUGCGCGACACUUUCUGAGCAGUUGCUCGCGCAUCCUGGGGUGCUCCACCACGCCCAACGGCGUCGACUGGAACGGGCGCUUCGUUACCAUCGGCGCGUUCCCCAUCGGCAUCGACCCCGACAAGUUUGUCGAGGGGCUCAAGAAGCCCAAGGUGCAAGAGCGGAUCGCGGCCCUCAGCCGCAAGUUUGAGGGCGUCAAGCUGAUAGUCGGCGUCGACCGCCUCGACUACAUCAAGGGCGUCCCGCAGAAGCUGCACGCGCUCGAGGUCUUCCUCACCGAGCACCCGGAGUGGAUCGGCAAGAUUGUCCUGGUCCAGGUCGCCGUGCCCUCGCGGCAAGACGUCGAAGAGUAUCAGAACCUGCGCGCCGUCGUCAACGAGCUCGUCGGCCGCAUCAACGGCAAGUUUGGCACCAUCGAGUUCAUGCCCAUCCACUUCCUGCACCAGUCGGUCAGCUUCGACGAGCUCACGGCCCUGUACGCCGUCUCGGACGUGUGCCUCGUGUCGUCGACGCGCGACGGCAUGAACCUCGUCUCGUACGAGUACAUCGCCACGCAGCAGGACAACCACGGCGUCAUGAUCCUCAGCGAGUUCACCGGCGCCGCCCAGUCCCUCAACGGCAGCCUCAUCGUCAACCCCUGGAACACGGAGGAGCUCGCCAACGCCAUCCACGACGCCGUCACCAUGAGCCCCGAGCAGCGCGCCGCAAACUACCGCAAGCUGCAGCGCUACGUCUUCAAGUACACGAGCGCCUGGUGGGGCGCCAGCUUCGUCAGCGAGAUGGUCCGCCUCAGCGCCGACAGCGCCAAGCCCAAGACGCUGCGCAACGUGUCGGGCGCCGUCGUCGGUGCCGCCGCGCAAAAGAUUCAGCAGGCGGCCGACGCCGUCGAAAAGGCCGUCGUCGGCGACACAAAGGACGACGACGAGUCUGUGCCUCCGAAAUGA